CCAAUUUUACCAUCUACGCAGGCGCCUCAUGGUCGUAAUGGCUACCCAAUUAGCCCAGUAUCCAUCCAUGAUAUUACCAGAGAUGCUACCUCAUCUGCAUCUUCAACAUCCUCUUCUUCGGGCUCUAGCAAUUUGCCUAUCGAUUACUCGUCGAUAGUAUCUUACACAAUAUCUCCUUCCUUGAAAAGAAAGAGAAGAAGAAGAAAGCAAUCUUUGGAAGUGGAUCCGGCUACAGGUGCUGCUGGCUCAGAAACAUACCCUUGUGAGGUUUGCGACAAGGUUUUCUUGAAGCCAUACAAUUUGAAAUCGCAUAUGAAAACACACUCCCUGGAUAAACCAUUCAAGUGUUCUCAUUGCUUUAAAACAUUUGCAAGAAGCCAUGAUAAGAAACGUCACGAGCUAUUACACAACGGAGUUAAAAAUUUCAAGUGUGAGGGCUAUCUACAAGAUGGUGUAACAAAGUGGGGAUGCGGAAAGAAGUUUGCAAGAAGUGAUGCCUUAUCUCGUCAUUUCAGAACGGAGACAGGGUGGCUCUGCAUCAGACCUCUUAUGGAUGAAGCAAAACGCUUAGAGGAAAAUCCUAACAAUCCAAGGGCCGUCCUUAGUCAAGGCGAAAUGACCCCUGGUGAAUUCUUGGAUAGUUCCUCUUUCAUCCGAAGAUUAAUUCAAAGCAAGUAG